GUAUUAACAAACAUGGUAAAUGCACAAGAAUAUGUUGAAAAUAAUUUUGAUAAAAAUGUUAGCCAAAUUGGUGUUAUUAGCAAGAACCUGGAAGGUGAUUUAGACUUGUCAAAAUAUCCCAAUCUAACUCUUGUAGCUGUUGGAAAUAAUCCCCUAUUGAAAAUAAUUCGAGAUACUUGUCGAGCUGGAUUAAAAGAAAAAUCAGAACUUCAAGAACUUGCGCAACUAAUUCUUUCUAACCAACCUUACGACUUUUUCAAACUCAAACAAGAAAUUAUCAAACUCAAAGCACAAGAACUCCCUAAAAUGAGCAAAAAAUUAUCAGAACAGAAGAAAGAAGAAAUUGCUGAACAUUUCAUUCAGGAAAUAACUUACACAUUUGGAACAACAAGAAAUGACCAAGUAAAAGAAGCUGCAAAAGCAUACAUUAAUAAACUUGACAAUUUUGAAGGAAUUGAAACUCAAUCCGCAAAUCUCUUUGAUGAGACGAUAAAAAAUGCAUUUAAAACAGUCACAACAAAUGUUUAUAGUAAGGGACAGGAAUACUGGGUAGAAUUCUGGGGACACUAUCUUUGCAGAAGAGUAUAUCAGGAAAAGCUUGCUUUGAAAAAGGAAAAUCAAGAUAAAAUUACUCAACUCCAAACACAAAUUCAACAACUCCAACAACAAAUUCAACAACUUCAAAUGUAA